UAUUGCAAUCAUUGCGCAUGGGUCAGGUGUCGCUCUGUAUGGUUGUUCAGAUUGUUUGGGAGUACAUAUACUUCUGGCUUCUGGGAAACAUCGCUUGGGGAAGCGUACGUGUACAACCAGUGUGGACCUUAAGAUAAGUUGAUAUACAUAGAUAGUGGACGAUAAAGAAUGAAGAAACUAAUUUAAUGUUUGCCAAGGUCUCUAGUCUGACAUUUGGUGAUCUAUCGGCCGGUAUCUGAACCCAUCUUUUUCGGCUUGAUUGCACCGGUGGCUCACAGAGCGGCUAGGAGUACGUGGGAUACAUUUCUUCUGCGUACAUACGAAAGAUGGUCCUUCGAUACCGGCUGUCGAGGUCGUUCCCCACGUUGUUUAUCCAUGUGCAAUUAGUAUUGCAAUCAUUGCGCAUGGGUCAGGUGUCGCUCUGUAUGGUUGUUCAGAUUGUUUGGGAGUACAUAUACUUCUGGCUUCUGGGAAACAUCGCUUGGGGAAACGGUUUUGAAGCUUGUCAUCCCUCUCCAUCGGCCGGUGAACACAUCUUUUUCUGUGUGAUUGCGCCGGUGGUUCAGAGGGUGGCUAGAAGUGCAUAUGAUGCUCUCAUCUGUACGUACGGAAGAUAGACGCUCGAUACGGGCUGUCAAAGUCGUUUCCCACGUUGUUUAUCCCAUGUGCUUUUGGACUGCAAUCACUGCGCGCGGCUCUGUACGAUUUCUCAUAUUGUCUAGGAGUCAUUACUUAUUGCUUCUUUGAACAUCUCUCAUCUCUUACGGAAGCUGAAGUGUCGACGUAUGUGUCGACCCAUGUGGAUUAUAGGAUACUGUAAGUUGGUUACAUAGAUUCUGGGCAACAAUGAAACAAUAAUGCUGAAAAUAAAUCAAGUUAUCG